UUUUACGGGUAGUGUUAAACUAAAAUCAAUUACAAUCAAAUCUGGUCCUGGAAACAGCUGCCCCUCAAAAAUGAAAGCGUAUAUUAACCGCGAAGAUAUUGAUUUUGACACCGUUGAUUCCUACACUGAAACCCAGGAAUGGGAAUUAAUUUCUAGCCAAGAUAAUAUUGAAUAUAUUACAAGGAUGACAAAAAUGUACAAUGUAAGAAAUUUAUCUCUUUAUUUUCCUGAAAACUUUGGCGAUGAUGUGACGAGGAUUUUUUACAUUGGGCUUAAAGGAGAAUGGACUGAGAUAAAGAGUGAUCAGAUCAUAACUAUUUAUGAAGCGACACCUAAUCCCGCAGAUCAUAGAAAUCCAGCAGAGAAUGAAAGAGUUCACCACACCAUCGAUUGA